CCUGGAUCAAAACCGCCCAUGGUCGGCUCCUGCGACGGGGACUACGAGGUAGAUCUUCGCCACUCUCAGUUGCUCUGGAGCCGUCCCCUUGUUGACGGGGACAAUUCUACGGGCACCCUAGAGUUCACAGUGAAGGCAGAACGUGGCGCCAAAGCGGAUCUUUUCUUCCCUAUCAAUGUGGACUUCUCCUCUAAGGUUUCAUUCUGUGGCAUUGAGGUCGUCAAGGCCGUGGAUGCAAACAACAACCCCAUAAAAUUCUCCACAGAGGCGAACUUCCAUCCCGAGCGCUACGAAAUCGCAUAG